CAUUUCUUCCCCAUAUUCGGAACUUCACUUUUGCUGCAACCCUUUUGAAACUCUCUCUCUCUCUCUCUCUCUCUCUCUCUCUCUCUCUCUCUCUCUCUCUCUCUCUGUUAUUUCCUUCUCCCUUGUUUCUUCUUCUUCUUCUCCGACAUCAUCUAAACCUUCAGUGUUGUCUGUAAACUUGGAAAUUGGAAGUUUCUCCGGAAUUAACCUGUAUUGUAUAUACCUAUGUACCUUCGUCGGUGAUCCAAGUGUUUCUUCUCUAUUCCAUUCCGAUUCAGGAGAUCUGAGUUCGGUGUUUCAUCCUUUCCCGUUCUCUUCUCGGGAAAUCAGAAAAAAUGAAGCGGAUAAGAGAUGAUGUGUAUGCCUCUGGGUCUCAAUUCCAACGUCCUUUGGGUUCUUCUCGAGGCGAAUCAUUUGGACAAUCUCACAUCCCUACUGGCGGCGGUGGUGCUGGAGGGGGGAGCGUUGGUGGUGGGGGGAGUGGCUCUCAGAAAUUGACAACAAAUGACGCUUUGACGUACCUGAAGGAAGUGAAGGAGAUGUUUCAAGAUCAAAGGGAGAAAUAUGAUAUGUUUCUUGAAGUUAUGAAAGACUUUAAAGCCCAAAGGACUGACACCGCUGGUGUGAUUGCACGGGUGAAGGAGUUGUUCAAGGGACAUAACAAUUUAAUAUAUGGAUUUAAUACCUUCUUGCCUAAGGGAUACGAAAUAACACUCGAUGACGAUGAAGCUCCACCAAAGAAGACUGUUGAGUUUGAAGAAGCCAUAACCUUUGUGAAUAAAAUCAAGAAACGUUUCCAACAUGAUGAGCAUGUCUAUAAAUCCUUCUUGGAUAUCUUGAACAUGUACCGGAAGGAGAACAAGGAUAUCAACGAGGUCUACAGCGAGGUUUCUGUUCUUUUUGAGGACCAUCCGGAUUUGCUCGAAGAAUUUACUAGGUUUUUGCCAGAGUCUUUGGCAUUGCACUCGGCACAAAAUUCCCAGUUUGGCCGGAAUCAGUUACAACGAUAUAAUGACCGGGGGUCGGGUGUUUCUCCUAUGCGUCAAAUGCAAAUGGAGAAGGAGCGUCGACGAGAAAGGGCUGCGGCCUUGCGGGGUGACCGUGAUCAUAGCGUUGACCGUUCUGACCUUAAUGAUGAUAAGGCGAUGGUGAAGAUGCAAAGAGAUCAGAGGAAACGUGUUGAAAAGGAGAAUAGAGAAAGGAGAAACCGGGAAUUGGACGAUAGAGAGGCCGAGCAAGAUAAUUUACAGCAUUUUCCAGAGAAAAGGAAGUCAUCCAGAAGAACUGAAGGUUUUGAAGCCUACUCUGGUCCUGCUUCGUACUCUGAGAAAGAUAAUUUGAAAAGCAUGUACAACCAAGCAUUUGUCCUUUGCGAGAAAGUCAAGGAGAGAUUAUGCAGUCAAGAUGAUUACCAGACAUUUUUGAAGUGCCUUAAUAUCUUUAGCAAUGGGAUAAUCCAAAGGAAGGAUCUGCAGAAUUUGGUUUCUGAUCUUCUUGGAAAAUACCCUGAUCUCAUGGAUGAGUUCAAUCAAUUCUUCGAGCGUUGUGAGAGUAUUGAUGGGUUCCAGCACCUUGCUGGUGUAAUGAGCAAAAAAUCGCUUAGCAGUGAAGACCAUUUAUCCAGGUCAAUGAAGGUGGAGGAAAAAGAAAGAGAUCACAAGCGUGAUCCCGAGGCUGCUAAGGAAAAGGAUCGGUACAGGGAGAAGUAUAUGGGAAAAUCUAUCCAAGAGCUUGAUCUAUCUAAUUGUGAACGUUGCACUCCAAGCUACCGACUCCUGCCUUCAGAUUAUCCAAUACCAUCUGCGAGCCAAAGAUCAGAGCUUGGAGCCGAGGUGUUGAAUGACCACUGGGUUUCUGUAACAUCAGGAAGUGAGGAUUACUCUUUUAAGCACAUGCGGAGAAACCAGUAUGAAGAAAGCUUGUUCAGAUGCGAAGAUGAUAGAUUUGAGUUGGACAUGCUGUUGGAAUCUGUGGGGUCUACUGCUAAACGUGCAGAGGAUCUGUUGAACAUCAUCACUGAGAACAAAAUAAGUUUUGAUGGCUCCUUCCGGAUCGAAGACUACUUCACUGAGCUGAAUUUGAGGUGCAUGGAGCGACUUUAUGGUGAUCAUGGUCUUGAUGUGAUAGACAUAUUACGCAAGAAUCCAGCUGCUGGACUUCCUGUAAUUCUAACUCGACUUAAGCAGAAACAAGAUGAAUGGGCACAAUGCCGUGAAGACUUUAAUAAGGUCUGGGCUGAUGUUUAUGCAAAAAACCAUUACAAAUCCCUUGAUCACCGCAGCUUCUAUUUCAAGCAGCAAGAUUCGAAGAACUUGAGCGCGAAAUCUUUGGUGGCUGAAAUUAAGGAGCUGAAAGAGAAGUCUCAGAAGGAGGAUGAUAUUCUCCUAUCUGUUUCUGCUGGCUACAAACAACCCAUUGUUGCACACCUUGAGUAUGAAUUCUCUGACAAAAGUAUUCACGAAGACCUGUACAAACUGGUCCAAUUUUCAUGUGAAGAGAUAUGUUCCACAAAAGAGCAGCUUAGUAAGGUUCUGAGGCUCUGGAAAAAUUUCCUGGAACCAAUGCUAGGUGUUCCUCCCAGGCUGAAGAGCACAGAUUCUGUUGAAGAUGUUGCAGAAACCAAGCAUCCCGAUGUGAAUCACUGUCCCUCUACUAACGGGGAGGCAAAUUUUAGCUCUGGAGGCAAAUCUCCGGUUAAUGGGGGCGAGUAUGCUUCAUAUGGGACUUCCAGACAUGACAGGGUUGGUUUGGGAGGCAGGUACUCCUCAGGGAAAGAAACUCACAAAGGUGUUGAUGCUACCAACAAGGAUGAUGCUGCCUGCCCUGUUGUUAACACUCAGAAAGACCAAGGCACCAUAGAUGAGGCUGACAAAAGAUCCGGAAUUACUACCCCAAUGGAUGUUGAUGAAAGAGUAGCCACUUUAAAUGUAUCACUUUCAAGCGGGGUAGAAAACAAUAAUGGUAAACUAGGAAGCGGAGAUAUGACAGGUUCUCAAGACAUUCAACCAGGACCAAGUGUCUUCCCAGAGAAACAUCAUGGCGUAGAUAACACUGAUAUUGUUCAUUCGACUCAGGGUGGAGAUGUUGGCAAAUCAAUAGCUUUAGCAAACAGCGUACUACCGGAUGCUUCUUUAGUCGAUAGGAGUUAUGAUGAAUCUGUUGAUCCAUCCAAAGCUGAGAAGGAAGAAGGUGAAUUGUCACCUAUUGGUGAUUUCGAGGACAAUUUUGGUGUUUAUGGAGAUGUCGGUGUGGAAUCUGUACCAAAAGAGCAGUCAGCUGAGGCUGAAGGAGAAAAUGACGAGGACAGUGACAAUGGUUCCGAGGCUGGUGAAGAUGCAUCAGGAACUGAAUCUGAUGGUGAUGAGUGUUCACAUGAUGAGAAUGGAGGGGAGGAAGAUGGUGAGAAUGAUGAAGUUGAUGGUAAGGCUGAGAGCGAAGGAGAAGCGGAGGGAAUGGACUCGCAUCUUGUAGAAGGAGAUGGUGGAUCACUUCCAUUGUCAGAACGUGUUCUUUUGUCUGUCAAACCUCUUUCCAAGUACGUAGCUACCGUUUUGCUCGAUGAAAGGAAAAAAGAUUCAAGGGUUUUCUAUGGGAAUGACGACAUUUAUGUGCUUUUUAGGCUUCACCAGAUCCUCUACGAGAGAAUUUUGUCGGCCAAAAUGAAUUGCGCAGGCAGUGAGAUGAAAUGGGGAAAUUUGAAGGAUACUACCAGUACACCUGAUCCUUAUUCAAGAUUUAUGAGCGCACUGUAUAGUUUGCUUGAUGGUUCAGUUGAAAAUACCAAGUUUGAAGAUGAGUGCAGAGCUAUUCUUGGAAAUCAAUCAUAUGUGUUAUUCACAUUGGACAAACUGAUAUACAAAUUGGUUAAACAGCUCCAAGCGGCAGCAGCUGACGACAUGGACGAUAAACUCCUUCAGUUGUAUGAAUAUGAGAAAUCCCGGAAACCUGGAAAGCUUAUCGAUUCAGUGUAUUGCGAAAAUGCCCGGGUUCUUCUUCACGAGGAAAACAUUUAUCGGUUGGAAUGUUUGUCCUUGCCACAUCGUCUGUCGAUCCAGCUUAUGGACAACGUAAUUGAAAAGCCAGAGGCAUAUGCAGUGUCUAUGGAUCCCAUUUUUGCAAGCUAUCUCCAAAAUGAGUUCCUCUCCAUAUCGUCGUUGAAAAAGGAGCCAUUUGACAUUGUGUUGCGAAGAAACAAGAGUAGAUAUGCGGGCUUGGAUGAUCUUUCUGCGAUUUGCCAGGCCAUGGAUGGCGUUGAAGUAAUAAAUGGCCUCGAGUGCAAGAUGUCUUGCUCUUCCUACAAGAUUUCGUAUGUAUUGGACACGGAGGAUUUCUUCCGCAGGAGGAAGAAGAGAAGAAACUCGUCUGAGGGGAAUUCUCCACGCCACCUCGACAGAGUAGAAAGAUUCCACAGAUUCAUCUCAGCCGCAAGAUGACAGACGAAGGUCCAUUUUUUUUUUCGUUUUUUUUAACGUCACAGUUCAGACACAGGAAAGGUAGAGCGAGGAAAGUCGCAGGCCUUCUGUCACUGUCCGCCCUUUGGUGUUGACGCAAGCUUUUAGGGAGAGAGAGAUGUGAAAGAGGGGAAGACCCUCCUUGCUUUUGAGGGUAAAGUGUAUGUGUACGCUUGUAUUUGUUAGGUUAAGAUGUUGUGUGUAUUUGUAAGAGGUAGUGGUUGUGAAUAUGGGGAGAGGAGGGUACGGACACAUGGUGGAACGCGUUGUUCUUUGUAUCUAUAACAUGGAUUAGGCCGACAAGAGUGAAGUUCGUAUUCUUACACAUGCCGGUCCUAAUCCUAAUCCUCUUUGUAUAGAUGUUAUGCCUAUAACCCAAUCACUCAGUUCUGGGUAUUUUCUUU